GCCAAACAAGCCUGCUCCACUUGAGUCACUGGUUACAGACGACCAACUGUGGAAUAGUCUGUUUGCAGUUUUCUUCAUCAGCGAAGCUGUAAAAGGUAGUCUCGGCAAACUCUUCCAUAACCUUUUCACCUUUUAAACUUUUUGCCUACCCUUAACAAACCAUUACAAAAGAUAAAAUUGCCAUGUCGACAGAAAAAGCAAUGUCCUAUACAUCAAAACUUCCUGUGUGGUGGAAUGCAGAGCCGCCUCCGCGGAAAUUGGAAAUUGACCUGAGUUCACCUGGAUUAGCUGUGUUUGAGUUGGAAAAACUCUUGUAUACUGGCAAAGCCAUAAUCAGUCAUGCAGAUGAAGUGUGGCCUAGGCUGUACAUUGGUGACCAACACAGUGCAGAGAACCAGGCUGAUUUGUACAAGAAUCACAUCACUCACAUCCUGAACGCAGCUCACAGUAAUCGUAAGGGACAACCAGAUAUCUAUGAGGGAAUGAAGAUCACCUACAUGGGCGUAGAGGCUCAUGACUCCUGUAACUAUGACAUGAGUGUCAACUUCCAGGCAGCAGCAGACUUUAUCCAUAGAGGUCUGAGCAGAGGAGGCAAAGUGCUGGUCCACUGUCAUGUAGGAGUGAGCCGCUCUGCCACCCUGGUCCUGGCUUACCUGAUGCUGAAGCAGAACCUCACUCUCGUCGAGGCUAUUUGUGCUGUGAAAGAGAGCCGUGGUGUGAUUCCUAACCGAGGUUUCCUUCGACAGCUCAUCAAACUGGACGAGCAGCUCUUUGGCAAACAUCGCUGAAACCCGUCUAACAGCAUUACUAGUCACCUUUCACGGGUCCAGAAGAUUGAUCUUUAAUGUCAAGAUGAUGUGUUGCAUGAAAGAUUUCUUGCGUUUUACUUUGGGGUCUUACAGCAUGUGAUCCUUUCUUUGGUCUUCAUUGUUAUGAACGUUAAGAUAAAAACAUUACAUUUGUACAUGUUAAAUGGACUGAUGUUUUACAAGAUGUUUAGCAGUCAGCUUAAUUUACAUAAAUAUUGUGGAAAAGUUUUGAGCCACCACCGAUUUCUUUAUAUGCCGCUUUCGAGGAACCAAACCUUUUUCGUAAUUUUUAAACGUGGUCUUGAUCAAUAGUUCUGUAGGCUUUCUGAAGCUCUUUCUUUGGACAUCGGCCGCUUCUACCUGACCAUUUUCAGAGGAAUGUGUUGUUGUUGUUUUUUUCUAAUGUUGUUAAGCCAUUUAACACUGACUCAUGGAUCACUUCAGUAUAAAAAAGGCACCUAACUCAAUGAAUGGACCAGUGUGAGAACUAAAGGAGAAGUGCCAGGCCAAAAAUACAAAAAGCUAUCUACAGCAGAUGCAGCAUCUGAAAGUCAUUGUCUGUGGAAAAAGGAACAAAUCCUGACCCGAUUUAUGUUUUGGGCACUUCAGGUGAUCCAUCUACUAUUCGCUGAAGCCUCAUCAGAAAUGUUCUCAUUGGAAGGCUGAGAUCUGUUAAGAUGCCAUUUUUAAUUCUUGCCAAAUUACUCAAGAGCUGUACUGAAUAUCAGUGGCAACAAGUCUUAUGGAAUGAAUCCAAACUUGAAAUUUUGGGUUCAAAUUGUUGCCAGUAUGUAUGAGGAAGGUCAGGAGAGAGGCACACUAGAGAGCUGAGAAAAACGAUGGAGUUGCUGUCAUGGUUUGGACAUUCAUUUAGGACAGUGGUGUUGAUGAUCUUGUCAAAACCAAUGAACACAGAAAAGUGACAUCAGAUUUUGACCCACUAUGUAAUAUCAUCUGGAAAGCAUUUGGUUUGUUAAUGCUUCAUUUUUCAGCAUGACAAUGAUCACAAACACACUUCCGCCACAGUCAGAACUUACCUGGACAGAAAAACACACAAUGCAAUACUGUCAGUCAUGCAGACUCAACGUUAUUGAAGCAGUAUGGGAUCAUCUUGACAGAGAACAGAACAAAGAAGGUCUUUCAAGAAGCAUGAAGCGCUAUUUCUGAAGACUACUUACAGAAAACGCAAGAAAGCAGCCUAAGACAGUUCAGGCUGUGUUGAAGAGUAAAGGUAGUCAUACCAAAUAUUAGCAUUCAAGCUUUGUUAAGCUCUGUUUUGCCUUAUAUAGUGUAUUAACAUGUAUUUUUGCAUUUGUUUCAAUAACUGUUUUCCCAACAAAAUACUAAGAAAUAAUGGGCACCUCAAGACCUUUGCACAGUAAUGUGGCUCCAUGGUGGCCAAAUAUUAAAUGUGUUUUUCAGCACUGCACUGAAAUUUUAACUCGACCAAUAGCUGUUGCAUAA